GUCCUCUCUAGCCCGCCGCUUCUCUGUGGUUUCCGCUAUCGGGCGCUCUAUCCUGCGCAGACGGACAGAGACGGCGCAGCGAUAGCUCGCGGCUGCGGGGGACUCCGGAGUGCGCCCCGCUGGCUGUGCAGGCGGCCAUGCAGUCCUUGAGGAAAAUGCUGAUGACGGUCGCAGUGCUGGGCGCAGGGGCUGGCGUGGGCUACGCGCUCCUUGUUAUCGUGACCCCGAGAGGGCAGCGGAAGCAGGAGAUGCUGAAGGAGAUGCCACUGCAGGACCCGCUGAGCAGGGACGAGAUGGCCAGGACCACGCAGCUAGUGAUGGACGUUCUGAAGGAAGCAGCGACCACGCAGGAGAACGUGGCCUGGAGGAAGAACUGGAUAGUCGGCGGCGAAGGCGGCAAAGGCGGGAAGUCAGCGUGAGACUGGACUUGCCCCAGUGGGCGCUGGGACCUUGGCUAGGGCGCAGGAGUCUGAGGCAGCCUUUCUUCUUCGUGGGCCCAGCGGGGAGUCCGGACCGAGAUGCCAUUCCCAGGACUUUUUUGGGUCCUGUGAGCUGCCAUCGGGUGAGCACCUUCCUCCCAAACCCUGCACUGAUUGCUUUAAAGUCCGCAAAGGCUGGUCGGGCGUGGUGGCUCACGCCUGUAAUCCAAGCACUUUGAGUUCAAGACCAGCCUCUUUGAGUUCUGACCAACAUAGUGAAACCCGUCUUUAAUUAAAAAAAAUAAAAGUCCACAAAGGUGGACAGGGCCGAGACACGAGUCGGUUAUGGUGAACUGAAAGAACCAAUAAAUCACGUUCCUCCAUCCACAUGA